GAGGUCUCCUUCAUCCGUGAUUCCAAGGUCAAACAACUCAUCUGUGGAACCGUCUCCCUGUCCAUUAUCUAUAUUCAACGAAAGAUCACAACCACAAUAAUAGAAUUGUAACGUACAGUACAACACAACACAACACAACAUAAAACAACAAGAAAGCAGCAAAAUGGCGCCACCAGCUCGAGCCCUUUUCUCACGUCAAAGAUUGAUUCUUGGUACCUUUCUUGGUGGCGGAGCUCUUUUCGUCAGUAUGAAAUGGAAAGCCGUUAUGCAGAGAAGUGAGGCCGCAAAAAUUGCAGGAUCAAAACAGAAUUAUGCUGUUGUUGCUGGUAGAAGCGGUGGUGGAAUUUGAACAUUCUUAAUGGAAUCGAUCGAUAACCAGUCAGAAUUAUAAACUGGGAGAAAUUGGCACACACGGAAGCGGAUAUGGCAUGGCAGAUAUGAUAGAUGAUAAACACGCAUGUACAGAAUGGGGCUGCAUUGAGUUCACGAUAAAACAGAGAAAGCAUGGUCUAAGGCGUUUAGAAAUCAUUCUGGUGACGAUGAGACAACCAUAGAUAAAUGCCUUGAGUUGGAUGAUAAGGCCAUCAUGUUGCUCUCAAUCAUGACAUUUGGCUAACGUGCUCAUAUUGAUAAAAAUUCUACACCUCAAAUAUCGUUUCUCUCCA